UUAAAAGCACUCCAAUGUUGUUUCAACUCCUGCUUGAUUUCCUGAGGGCCCACUGUUCUGUUUUGGGGUGGGGAGUUUAGAUUUGCAUAUGCUCCACCCCCCCUGUUCUGAUUGGCUGGGUCCUAUCCUGCAUGUUUCAUCACAGAUCCAAACUUCCCCAGUGCUCUCCUUGCUUUACUUUGUAGCUUACAGGCUGAUGAAGCGGGACACUGGGAGCCAGCAGCUGUCUGUGAUUCAUGCAGUAUGCUGUGAGUGUGUGUAAGAGAGGGAGGCAAUAGCUCUAGUUAUAGGGUUCUGUAAUUUAGUUAUCUGACUAAACUUAAGGGCUCUAAGGUUGUUGGUAUAAAAGGGAUGUAGGGUUGUUUUUCAUUCAUUUAGUCUUUAAUUCAAAUCUGUUUUGUUAGGAAAAAUAUUAGAUUGUUUCAUUGCUAGAUUGAGCUGUAAUUGUUGGUAUAUUUUGUGCUGAUACUCAGAGCUUGGUAAAAGUGUAUGGGUAGAUGAGCUGUUUGAUUCAUUGAUAAAUGUAUUUUCUGUUUUGUCGAUUUAUAACUAAAAUAUUUGACUUUUUUACUGUAUCGGGCUAUUUUAAAAGGAUAUUUUCUAUCAAUAGUUUAGUUUUUUCAACCGGCAAUUAUUUAAAUUGAAGAAGGGGAAAUAAGUAGUUUUUUGUGGGUGUUAGCCAUGCCCUUUUAAAUGCUUGACAGGACAAUAACAUCUCACACAGUCAUGCUGCUGGCUCUACCGCUGGUUCUGUGGCUUAUUUCUGGGGCCCAGUCUUCAGACCCGGCCCCAUUAACUGUCAUGUACCAAGUCUGGGAGGAGCAGCCUAUGGGCACCAGGGUUGGCCGUCUGGUCGAUGACCUGCGUCAGAGAGGCGAGACCGGGGUACUGGAGGAUUUCCAGGUCGUGGAGCAUGGUCAAGCCCUGCCUUUCUCCAUUGGAGUACGAGAUGGAACUGUCGCCACCCUAGGCCAGCUGGACCGGGAGGAGCUGUGUCGAGGCUCGGACCUGUGUGAGCUGGCCUUCAGUGUCCUCUACAGGAAAGGUGGUGUUAUCCACUUCCUGAGGGUGCGGGUGGAGGUGAUGGACCUAAAUGACCACAGCCCAACUUUCCCCAGCAGCCAGCAGGAGAUUGAAAUCUCUGAGAUGGCCACAUUGAGGAUGCGGAUCCCCCUGGACCGAGCAGUGGACCCGGACGCCGGCCCCAAUGGUCUGCAGACCUACUCGCUGUCCGUCAACCAGCAUUUUGCCCUGGAUGUAAGGAGUGCUGUGGAUGGGCCAAAGCAGGCAGAGCUGGUGGUGAUCAAGGAGCUGGACAGGGAGGUGCAUUCCUCAUUCGAGCUGACUCUGGUGGCCUGGGACAAGGGGAAUCCUCCCAGGUCGGGCAGUACUCUGGUCCAGGUCAACGUCUUGGACUCUAACGACAACAGCCCCAUGUUUGAGGAUAGCACCCCCACUGUGGAACUAGCCGAGGAUACAGCUCGUGGGACUAGCGUCAUCAACCUCAAGGCCACGGACCCUGACCAAGGGGCCAACGGGGAGGUUGAGUACUCUCUAAGCAAGCAUGCGCCACCUGAGGUGCAGAAGCUUUUCAGUAUCCACCCCCAGAGUGGGGUAGUGACUUUAAAAGGCCCACUGGACUAUGAAGCCAAACACUUUUAUGAGGUGGACAUCCAGGCGCGUGAUCUUGGGCCCAACGCCAUCCCCUCUCAUUGUAAACUACACAUCAAGCUAAGGGAUGUCAAUGAUAAUGCACCAAGGAUCCACGUCACUUGGACACCCCCUGAUUCCCCAGUGGCAACUGUUUUAGAAGGUGCACCAAAGGACACGUUCCUUGCACUGGUGAUGGUCUCUGAUGCAGACUCCGGGGACAACGGGAAUGUGCACGCCCACAUCCAACAUGGAUCCGGCCACUUCCGCCUCAAGAAAAUCCAUGGCGACAAUUACAUGAUCGUAACCAAUGGCACCCUGGAUCGGGAAAAGGUCAUGGAGUAUAAUCUCACGUUACUUGCCCAGGAUUACGGUGACCCUCCACUGUCAUGUGUUAGACACCUAGUUGUCCAUGUGUUGGAUGAGAAUGACAAUGCCCCUGUGUUCUCCAAGUCCCACUACAGGGCUUCCUUCAAGGAGAACAAUACCGUGGGGCUCCAGGUCCUCAAGGUAGAGGCCAAUGAUGUGGAUAUUGAGCUCAGCGGCAGGGUGUCCUUCUCCAUCCGAGAGUCCAAUGAGCUGGGACCUCCCACGGCGUCUUUCGUCAUCCACCCCACCAGUGGUGUAGUCAGCGCCCAGCAGUCAUUGGACUAUGAGGAGUCGCCCACAUACUCCUUCAUUGUGGAGGCCAUAGACCAUGGGCAGCCACCCCUCACCAGCACCGCCACGGUACUCAUCGAGAUCCAGGAUGUCAACGACAACUACCCCGUCAUCAAGGAGCCGAUGCCAAAGAAAGGCAUAGCCUUUGUGAGUGUCCCGGUCAACGAGGAGAAGGGGGAGAUAGUGACACAACUAGGGGAUGGUGCUGAAGAAGGCUCCACCGAUCCUCAUACUGGUCGCUCUGUCCAAAAUGGAUUUAUGGGAUUCCUGGCCACUACCAUCAAGGCUAAUGAUCCAGACUCUGGCCUGAAUGGAAGACUCAGCUACAUGAUCACAGAUGGAAACCCCACAGGACUAUUCAGACUCAAUGACACCACCGGACAACUGUAUGUUAACACGACCAAUGCUACAGAUCUCAUUGGGAAAACUUUCAAAGUGGAUAUUGCUGUAUCGGACAAGGGUUCUCCAAGGCUAUUGACAAAGGCCACCUUGGAGGUGGCUUUCAUCAACUUGCGGGACCAUUUGAAGAACUCAGCUCCUGGUAACCAUGGUCAGCUGAGUUUCACCAUGAUGGUGGCCAUCUGCCUUGGGGCCAGCUGCAUCCUGCUUCUCCUGGCGGUUGCCUUGGUGACAACCUUCUGUCGCCCCACGAAACGAGACAACCAUUCCUACAACUGCAGGACGGCCGAGUCCACCUACACGAGCCACCCUCGCCGCCCGCAGAAAAACAUCAGGAAGACAGACAUCCAGCUGGUGCCAGUCCUGAGGGGACGAAGGGAGGACCCUCCAGAAGAUGAAGCACAGCCCCUCUCCCCUAUGCUCCUGGUGGUUGAAGAGCAAAACACUGAAACGCAGUACAGCGUUGCCAACUCCAUGAACCCAACAGUCCACUCCCAGGCCUACCCAGAGGGGGGAUCAACGCUACCAGUCUCCCAUUCCAGAACACUCAGGAAACCUGGGAGCAUCGAGCUGGACGGCACUCUUCCUUGGACCCCUGCCAUUCCUUACCGAACCCUGCGUAAGGCAAGAAACCCUUCAUCGUCCUCCUCACUGUAUCAGACCAGUACCCUGAGGCGACAUGGGAACUCUGAGAUCCAGGUUAGCCCCGAUGUUUACGUGGCAGAAACAUUGUCCCAGGUGGCAACACUUAGAAGGCCCAAGAACAACGAUACCAGAAGUGGACUUGACGCUGAAGACCACAGACGGAUGCUGAGGAACCUGGUCCGUCUCUCCAUGGCUGCCUUCGGAGAGAACUCCAUUGAGUUGUCUGCUGCCUCUCCCGAAGUGCAGCAGGUUUCUCAGCUCCUCUCCCUGCUCCACCAGGGCCAGCUGCAGCCAAGACCAAACUUCAGAGGCAAUAAGUUCUCCCAGCGUGCUGGCAGGUCUUACGCUCAGGACACUGAUUGGCAGAGCACCAAGGACAGCGGUCAUGGUGAGAGUGAGGCCGGAGACAUGGACUGGGACAUGGGCCGAGACUCCCCUGUCGACCUGCUAUUGGAGGAGGGGCUUAAUAACCUGCUCAACAACCCUGAUGACGUCUUUGCUGACAUAGAGGACCCUGCGUGGAUGUCCCGCCUCUCCCUCCCCCUAACGGCCGACUACCACGAGAAUGUUUUUGUUCCCAAUGGGCCACCGUCCCCUGAAACCCAUUGCUCCCCAGACACCCUUGACUCUGCCUCCUUCUCCACCUUCGGUAAGAAGCCGGAGGAUGGCUUACUGGGCGGGGCCUUGAUCUCAGAGGUCAACACUUUGUUUAAUAUGCUCCUGACCCAGAAAGGCGACUCCCAGCCCCGCCCCUCGCCAGACGUUCUCUACAGACUGUCCGCCACCUACCGGCGCUCGCUGGGGCUGGAAGGAGAUACCGCUGCAGCAGGGGGCGCCAACAUACAAAGGAACUCUGUGAACCCCGAAAAGAGGUCGCCCCUGGCUCAAUGCCCUUAGGCCCAACCCCUGGUAUGAGAACAGUUGCCUCAACAUUACUUGAUCGAUUCUUGUGUGUUUGGAUGCCUAAGAC